AGGCGUGGAGGAGGCGGUAGCGGUGGUGGCGGUGGUGCGGCCAGAGUAGCGGCCUUUAGAUCCGGGCGCCGGGGGGCGGUGUCAGGCAGCAGCUGCUCCUAGACGCUGCAGGAGCGGAGGCGGAGGCGGAGGAUGUGAGCGAAAGCCCGAGCGGGUCCUCUCGGCGGCGCCAUGGGGGCGCCGGGCUUCGGCCCGGCCCUGGCUCCGGGCGGCAGCGGCGGCGGAGUCGGCCGUGGGGGCUGAGGCGGUGCUGAGCCCGAGGAGCCGCGCCCGCGUCCGCGCUCCCGCCAAGCGGGCACGCGCCCUCGCUCCCUCCAGUCUCCUUCCCAUCCCUCCCCUCCCCUUCCCCUCCCGAGUCAUGUCGGCCGGGGUAGGGGGUGCUGCGGGCUCGGCUGGGGGUCCUGGCCCGGGCCCCGCGCAGCCCCCCACGGGUCCCCGCAUGCGGCGCAGCGCCGCCAGCUCCCCCACGGCCCCGGGUGCCGGCCGCCUGCUGCAGCCCAUCCGCGCCACCGUGCCCUUCCAGCUGCUGCACGGGGUGCCCAGCCCCCCGGCCCCCGACCUCCCGAGGCCACACGGCCGACCCCGGCGCCGGAGCGGCUCGCCGGAGCCCCGAGCGGACAGGCCCAGGUCUCAGCAGCUGAGGACGUCCAGCUCCAUAAGGCGGACCUCCUCGUUGGAUGCCAUCACAGGGCCGUACCUCACCGGGCAGUGGCCCCGCGACCCCCACGUCCACUACACGUCGUGCAUGAAAGAUAAAGCGACCCAGACCCCGAGCUGUUGGGCCGAGGAGGGGGCCGAGAAGAGAUCGCACCAGCGCUCGGCGUCGUGGGGCAGCUCGGACCAGCUCAAAGAGCAGAUCGCCAAGCUGAGGCAGCAGCUGCAGAGGGGCAAGCAGGGCAGCAGCCGUCACGGCCACCGGGAGAAGGAGCGCCACUCGCCUCUGCACGGCCACCCCGCGGCCAGCAGCCAGACGCAGGCCCCCGGCUCCAGGGCCGCGGCGAUGCCGUCCGGCGUGCCGGGGCCCAAGUCGGCGGCUUCCCGGGCAGCCUGCAGCGUGGAGGGCAUCAGUCCGGAGCUGGAGAAGGUGUUCAUCAAGGAGAACGGCGGGAAGGAAGAAGGCGGCAAGCCGCUCGACCCGGUUCCUGAUGGCCGCCGGGCCCCGCCCCCCGCCCCCCGCAGCGGCAGCAGCGGCACCCGCAGCAUCGACACGCAGACGCCGUCGGUGCAGGAGCGCAGCAGCAGCUGCAGCAGCCACUCGCCCUGCGCGUCCCCCUUCCGGCCCGCCGAGUCCCAGGACGGCAGCCCCUGCUCCGCCGAGGACCUGCUCUACGACAGGGACAAAGACAGUGGCAGCAGCUCGCCGCUCCCCAAGUAUGCCUCGUCCCCCAAACCCAACAACAGCUACAUGUUCAAGCGGGAGCCGCCAGAGGGCUGCGAGCGAGUGAAGGUCUUCGAGGAGAUGGCGGCUCGCCAGCCCAUCUCGGCCCCUCUCUUCUCGUGUCCCGACAAAAACAAGGUGAACUUCAUCCCGACCGGAUCGGCCUUCUGCCCCGUGCGGCUCCUGGGCCCUCUCCUGCCGGCCUCGGACCUGAUGCUCAAGAGCUCCCCGGGCUCCGGCCAGAGCCCGAUCCUAAGCGCCCUGGCCGUCGAGCAGCUGUCGGCCCGGGUGGCCUUCUCCACUCUGUCCGACGACAGCGGGGCCGUGGACUCGGCCGUGGCGGAGGUCAGCCUGCAGCCGCCGUGCCCGCCCCCGGGGCCCCCGCUGCUGAGCGAGUGCCCGGCCGAGGAGCGGGCCCCGUCUCGGGGCUACGUAGCCAUCUAAGCGGGGGCCGGCCCUCGCCCUCAGGACCCCCGUGCUGGACGGAGCGGGCUCGGCCCCCACAGCCUCGCUCCUCGGGGCGGCCGGGCUCGUGUGUCUCAUCCUGCAUCUCCCAGCACGUCUGACCAGGCAAGCAUCCCUGGUCUGUCCCGAGUUCUUCAUGGCUGAGCUCCGGGUCAAGCAGUUGCCUGGCCUGGGGGAGGAUGUCCAUCCUGCCGGCCUGGUCCUUUAGGAGGGCAGUCAACCAGGGUCUGUGGCGCCCUCGAGGCCUCGUGCAGCUGCUUCAGCGGAAGUCUAACUCAGGUAACCCGGGACGACGACGUCGGGCACAUCCGGAAGAGAAGAGGCCAACCGCGCACGCGCUGCAUCCACUUCCAUCACGUGCGGGGUUCUUGGAACGACCCAGGGGGCCGGCCAGGAGCAGGAGGCACUGGAGGCGGGGCCGGAAGAGCAGCCGGGGGAGGAGCAGGAGGCCGUGGAGGCGGGGCCACGGAGCCGGAAGGGGCAGGACGAGGGGCGGCCUUGAACAGGCAGUCCGUCUGCGGUCUCCAACAGAUCCACGGCUUUCCUCGGAGCGACGAUCUGGCUUCUCGCCUCCCCGGCUUCUGAUGAAGCGACGGCCGUUUGGGCCGAGGUGGUUCGGUUCUUGGGCCCGGGGCGACGGCGAGGACUUCGAGAGGCGGCUGAACGUUCUUUCCUCUUUCUCCAUCCGGGGUCGCGGGGAGCCUCGCGCCUGGGUCUGAGCUGGCAGGAAGUAGGCGGGAUCCCCGGCCUGUCCCUGGGCUUCCCCCAGCACAAAGCCGCUGCCCCCGUGGGUGACCCGCGGGCCUAUCCGCUGUCUGGCCACAUCCUCGUCAUCUGCCCUUUUCCGUGCGGGCACACCGGCCUGGCCACAGCCUGGUCAGUGAGGGCCGCCCUUGGGCCCUUCGGAGAGUCACCUUUUCGGACCCCCCAGGCAGGGAGGGGCCCCGCCACGCGCACAUCCCGUCCCCGAAGCUCCCCGUAAUUGUGCUGCUCGUCCCUCAGUCCGCACCCGGAGGCGCCGCGGCCCAGACUCUGCCCAGACUUUGCGUUCCGCCGCUGCGGCUUUUGUUUUGUACUUUUCCAGUAGAGAAAUUCCUGUGUCUUAUUUAAAUAAAGUUAUUAGUAAAACGCA